AUGUUUGGGGACUUAUUUGAAGAGGAUUUUUCCUUUAUUUCAAACAAUCAUUGUGGAAAAGGGAAGAAAUCCAAACCCAGAGAUUCUGAGCCUCCAGCUCCCAGGGAUUUCACCAACCUAAGUGGUAUCAAAAAUCAGGGUGGGACCUGCUACCUCAAUUCCCUUCUGCAGACUCUGCUUUUCACACCUGAAUUUAGAGAGGCGCUGUUCUCUCUAGGACCUGAAGAACUUGGGACUCUGGAUGAUAGCAGUAAAAAAACAGAUACAAAGGUUCGAAUAAUUCCAUUACAACUUCAACGGUUAUUUGCUCAGCUUCUGCUCUUGGACCAGCAAGCUGCAUCUACAACAGACCUUACUGAGAGCUUCGGGUGGAACAGCAAUGAGGUACAAAUCACCAUCGGGCAGCAUGAUGUGCAGGAGUUAAAUCGGAUUCUGUUCAGUGCUUUGGAAACUUCCCUUGUGGGGACUUCAGGUCAUGACCUCAUUAAUCGAUUGUACCAUGGGAUUGUUGUCAACCAGAUUGUUUGUAAAGAAUGCAAGAAUAUCAGUGAGAGACAGGAAGAUUUCUUAGAUCUAACAGUGGCGGUAAAAGGUAUUGCUGGCUUGGAGGAGGCCCUGUGGAACAUGUAUGUAGAAGAAGAGUACUUUGAAGAUGAGAACUUGUAUCGAUGUGGAGCCUGUGAUAAACUUGUUGAAGCUUCAAAGUCUGCUAAACUACGCAAGUUGCCACCCUUUCUCACCAUUUCUCUCCUGAGAUUUAACUUUGACUUUGAGAAGUGUGAACGAUACAAGGAAACGAGCUGCUACACAUUCCCUAUCCAGAUAAAUCUGAAGCCUUUUUGUGAGCAGACUGAAAGGGAUGAUUCAGAGUACAUGUAUGAGCUCUUCUCUGUUAUUAUACAUAAAGGUGGCUGCUAUGGAGGACACUAUCAUGUUUAUAUCAGAGAUGUGGAUGGAUUAGGAAACUGGCAAUUACAGGAAGAAGAGGAUAGGCUGAUUGAAGAUAAGGCUUUAAGAGAUACUGAAAAUGCCAAAGAAGUAGAAAAUCCAUUGGCAGUGUUGAAAGGGAUUUUAUCAGAGGAAGAAUCUAAACAAAUUCCCGUGGAUCAAUUAGGGCAGAAAUUAUUGGAGAAAAAAGGGGUGUCCUGGAAUAAGAAAUACCGAAAACAGUAUGGAGCAUUACGAAAGUAUUUGCAGAAUCAUCCUCAGAUAUUUCAGUUCAGUCCUGAUGAAAAUAAGGUUGGUCUGAAGGAAAAACACAAGCUCCCAUUUAAGGCAGAUUCUCAAGGACAAGAUCUCCAAAGCCCUCCUCAGAAGAAUGAUGUCCAGUGGAAUUCAGAAAAAAACCCUAUGAGGCUAAGGGACAGUUCAUCUGGUUGCCAUUGGUUUGACCUGAAUGAUUCAAAAGUCCAGCCGAUCAAGGAGAAGGAUAUUGAGAAACAAUUUCAGGGUAAAGAGAGUGCCUACAUGCUGUUUUAUCGAAAAUCUCAGUUAAAAAGACCGCCUGAAGCGCAAGGAAAUCCAAGGUACCAAAUUCCUGAACACCUUCUGAAUGAAAUGAAUGCUGCUAAUACUGAACUGCAAAAAAGGAGAGCGGAAUGUGACUCAGCAAACCAUGGCAUUGAUUUACAUCUCCAUUUGAGCUCAUGUUAUAAAUUUCACAAUGGGGCUUUGCAUCCUUCACUCGCUUGGAAAGAGAGUGUUGUGGAUUUGACUAUUGAUAGAAGAAAAACGCUAGGAGACCUUCGACUAUCAGUAUUCCAGAUGUUGGAAUCUUGGGAAGGAGACAUGAUUCUCAGUAUUGCCAAACCUUUACCAGCAGGACUGCAUCUUUACCAGAUACUUGAUGGAGAUGAACUGACACUGGAUGGCAUUGGGCUGGCUGAUGGAGCAGACGUCUUUGUGUGGAAUGGGAAAGAGGUUGGUGGUACAAAGGUGAUGACGGGCCCUGAUCAUGAACCUGUGGUCGUAAAUGUUCUUCGUUUAGCAGAGUAUAAUGAAGGAGGGAAGGGUCAGCAUUUCACAGAAUCGCAGCACGUCUUUUCAUGCAGCACAAAACUGGGUGAUCUGCACAGAGCUUUAGCACCAUCAGGAGGAAUCAUCCUAAAGAACGGCUCAGGACCAGAUAAAGAAGCCAAGAACUGGCAAGUUUUUCUUGAAGAAGAUAUGAAGGAAACAGUCAAAAGUGUUGGUCUGAUGGAUGGAUGCUCAGUACUAAUCUUAGACAGCCAUGACCAGAGCUUUGUGAAUGCGUCAAGUGGCAAUUUGACUGCUUUUACGUAUGACAUCAGCUGGCUCCAAGUUAAAAACUUCUGCAGAACAGAAGAUGAAGAGAAACACGUUAAAAUUACUGCCACUAUUGAAACAGUGAUGUCAGAUAUCAAAAUGAAAGCAAUACAGGAGCUUCAGCUAGAGGAGGAACUAGCAAAUGACAGCUGUCUUAGACCUGUUAGCGGAAAUGGGAAACUUCUGUCUCCAGUGCCUGAGGAUUAUACCGUCAAGGAAGCAGAACUGAAAAUGGGAAGCUUGCUAGGGCUGUGUCAUGGGAAAGCUCCAACUUCCACUCAGCUCUUCUUAUAUUUUAUUGUUGGGAGUGACCGAAACUCAAGCCCUGAGAUGGAGAUAGUUGUGGAAGAGACUGCCUCUGUCAAAGAGUGUCUAAAUUUAAUGCUGGAAAAAUCUGGAUUAUCAGGUGACAACUGGCAUUUGAGAAGGAUUGACUGGUGCUAUGAAGCAGGGGAAGCAUUAAGUCAGGAAAAUGCCACUCUGAAGGAACUUAAUGUUUGCAGAGGAGAUACUUUGGUUAUAACUGAAGGAAAGCUUCCACCAAAGGGUUUCCUGAAAAUACCCAUCUGGUGGUUCAAGUCUUCAAAUCAUAUGAAACAUGGACAGAAUGCACAAGACCAAGUGAAUGGGAUGACCUGCAAGAUGGAUGCUUUGCAGGUGUCUCCUGCAGGAGAUUCACCAGAAUACAUCCACACAGACAUGGAUCUUUGUUAUGCUGGCAGUAUAGAAAUAGCAGGAGAAGCUUCUUUGGAAGAUCUGAAGAUGCAGGCUAUGACCUUACCACGCUGCCAGGAGCAGAUUGUCCCACUGCCUUCAUUUCUCAGAGCAUGGACAGUGGACAGUAAGCGUCCAGGCAAGCUUUUACGAAACAACAAGCAGCAACUCAAUGACUAUAAGCUGGGUGCCAGAGCGGAAAUCUGCAUCGAGCCUUUGCAAAAAGAAGAGUAUUUGGGCCCCCAUGAACUGCUGCUUCGAGUACAGAUGGGCAUACCAGGGGAGAGGAACUACUGUGACUCCACGGAUUUGGUGUGGGAUAUCUCCAAAGAAUGCACAACCUGGGCACUGAGGCACCGAGUGGCUUCUCACUAUUGUCUCCCUGUAGAUAAAAUAGAAAUAGCCAAAUACUUCCCUGAAAAAUUUGAGUGGCUGCCAAUAUCUAGCUGGACACAGCAAAUUUCAAAGAGGAAACGGAAGAAAAAACAGGAGAGUUUACAGUCAGCGCCUUACCACCUGAAAGAUGGAGAUAUCAUUGGGGUGAAGAAUCUUCUCCUUGAUGACACUAAGGACUUCAGCACAGUGAGAGAUGACAUUGGAAAAGAGAAACAAAGGCAGCUUGCAUUAGAAAAAAAGAAAAGUCGGCAAACCGGACGCUUACAGGACCAUGUUUUCUCUGAGGAAAAGCUGAAUAUUAAGCACCGUAAACCAGAAGUGGCUCUUUCUAUCAAUGUGGGCGUUUUCAGAUAGCACCAGGAGAUGAUUUGCUGACCAGACCAUACUACCGAUGUACUAAAUUGGAAUGGAGUACCUCAACCGGACCAGCAAGAGGGUCUUUCCCGAAGUGUCUUCAAGAAUCACCGAGACAAACUGGAUAUAGGAUUCAGGAUAACUCUGAUUUUCUUCUAAUCUCUCUUGGGGAGGUGCUUUAGCAUCCCUUUAUCAAUGUGGUACUUAUUCUCAGGCUAGGU